UCCAACUUUAAAGGACGUGGAUGAAAAAAGCCCUUGCGUUUCAUAUCCUCUCAUCCCUUUAAUCUUCAUAUACACACAUCAAAUACACCUUCAUUCCCUUCCAUUUUACACACACAAAUCUGAAAUCUCCCCUGCAUUACAAUGGCUAAAUGGGUAUUAUCAGAAUGUGGUGUAAGCCCACUUCCGAGAUUAUACCCUAAGCCAAGAACCGGAAUCCCCUGUUCCAAUUCCAACGAAAUCAGGAAUACAAUUCCCACAUUCAAGACCUCUAAUUCAGUCACAAUGCGUUCUUCAUUAUCAAGAAUGUGUAGAGAUAGGAAUUGGGGUUUGAAGGUGAGUGCACCAGUGUCAAUGCAGUAUGUGGAUGAUGAUGAAAAAGAUGAGUUUAAUCCUGGGGCCCCACCACCAUUCACAUUGGCCGAUAUUCGAGCUGCUAUACCGAAACAUUGUUGGGUUAAGGACCCUUGGAGGUCCAUGAGCUAUGUUUUCAGAGAUGUGGUGAUUGUUUUCGGGUUAGCCGCUGUGGCGGUUUACUUUAAUAAUAUGGUGGUUUGGCCACUUUAUUGGAUUGCUCAGUCUACCAUGUUUUGGGCUCUCUUUGUUCUUGGACAUGAUUGUGGACAUGGAAGCUUCUCCAAUAAUCCAAAACUUAAUAGUGUAGCUGGUCAUCUUCUUCAUUCUUCAAUUCUUGUACCUUACCAUGGAUGGAGAAUUAGCCACAGAACUCAUCACCAGAACCAUGGGCAUAUUGAAAACGACGAAUCUUGGCAUCCGUUAUCUGAGAAGAUAUACAGAAGUUUAGAAAAUGCUACAAGAAUUUUGAGGUUUUCUUUGCCUUUCCCCAUGUUGGCAUACCCUUUCUAUCUGUGGAGUAGAAGCCCAGGAAAGAAAGGUUCUCAUUUUGACCCGAACAGCGAUUUAUUUCUCCCUAACGAAAGGAAAGACGUCAUUACAUCAACAGUGUGUUGGACAGCCAUGGCUGCAUUGCUUGUGGGUUUAAACUUCGUAAUGGGUCCUCUUCAAAUGCUGAAGCUAUAUGGCAUCCCUUAUUGGGGGUUCGUCAUAUGGCUCGAUCUAGUUACUUACUUGCAUCAUCAUGGCCAUGAAGAUAAACUACCAUGGUACCGUGGAAAGGAAUGGAGCUAUUUAAGAGGGGGACUAACGACACUUGAUCGUGACUAUGGUUGGAUCAAUAACAUCCAUCAUGAUAUCGGAACACAUGUCAUACAUCAUCUCUUCCCUCAAAUUCCUCAUUACAACCUAAUAGAAGCAACCGAAGCUGCCAAGCCAGUUUUUGGCAAGUAUUACAGGGAGCCAAAGAAAUCUUGGCCGCUUCCAUUUCACUUGCUUGGAGUUCUUGUAAACAGUCUAAAGAAAGAUCACUAUGUGAGUGAUGAAGGAGAGAUUGUAUACUAUCAAACGGACCCCCAAAUUUCUGGAAAAUAGGGAUCAAAUCUGUCAAGAUCCAACAAGAGAAAGGGAUAUGCCAGAAGAGCAAAUGAUUCUUUUCUUGACAAGAAUUUUUUUUAAGAAGACAUUCCGAGGCUGUUUAGGAAUAUGUACGUAUUCAUUUUUUCUGACACGAAAAUAUUGAAAACAGAUAUACUUGAGGAUGAUAAGAUUUAGUAUGGGAUGAUCGAACAUUGUGACCAUGGUUGAACAAACCGUUAGAUCAAUUAAUGAUCACAUACAAACUAAUUUUGAUUCAAUUCCAACAUGUAAUAUAAAUGGUAUGCAUUUUGUUUUCC